UGCGCCGCGCUCCUCCUCUCUCCUGGUGCGCACCGAUCCUUGAUUUACACGCGUGAUGCCAAGUGAGGAACAUCUACAGCAAAACUGAAAAAAUAACGACAAAUAAGUAUUUUGCAGGUUGUUGUUUGUUUUAGAGUUGGAAGGCGAAAACAUUGCCUGUCUUCAGAAGGACUAUGGAUGCUGAGUAGUUUUAUUUUACCACUUGAAAGGGUUAGACGAUAAUUGACAAACGCUUUGAGUCGAACUUAGCUUAACUUCUGAGACAAUACUACUUUUUAAAAAAACAUGGAUCUCUAUGCGCAAAAUGAGACCUUCUCUACCCCAGAGUGCGUCGGACGGCAGGCUGAUGCGCUGCAGAACGGAGCCGGUAACGGGAGCUUGGAGACAUCAAACAUCAUCUGCAGCAACGUGUCCACACUCCCCACACCUCAGCGUGCGAGGCACAAAGGUGAUGACCACACACUGCGGAUCCUGCUCUACUCACUCAUCUUUUUCCUGAGCGUGGUUGGCAACCUGCUGAUUAUUCUGGUGCUGACGGUCAAUAAGCGCAUGCGCACCGUGACCAACACCUUCCUGCUGUCGCUCGCUGUCAGUGACCUGAUGAUGGCCGUCUUCUGCAUGCCCUUCACCCUCAUCCCCAGCAUCCUCAAGAACUUCAUCUUUGGAGCUGCCAUGUGCAAGAUAGUGUCCUACCUAAUGGGAAUAUCUGUGAGCAUCUCCACAUUUAGCCUGGUUGCCAUAGCUAUCGAGCGCUACAGUGCCAUCUGUAACCCUCUGAAGUCGAGGGUGUGGCAAACCCGCUCCCAUGCCUAUCGGGUGAUCGCUGCGACCUGGGUGCUAGCCUUGGUCAUCAUGAUCCCCUAUCCAGUCAUCAGCAACUUGGACUCUUUUCAGCGUGCUGACAACACCACUGCUCACCAGUGCCGCCCCAAGUGGCCCCUCGCUACCGCGGAGCAGGCCUGGUACAUUCUGCUGCUGCUUGUGCUGUUUGCAAUCCCAGGGCUGGUGAUGAUUGUAGCCUAUGGACUGAUCUCCAGGGAACUUUACAGAGGCAUCCAGUUUGAGAUGGGCCACAAAAAAGAAUCUACUGAGGAAAGAAAGGAUGUAGAAGGACGGGAGCAGAAAGAUUUUUCAAGCUGUUGGAAAAUAAGACUUGGACUUCAUAAAAAUGCGAAGGUGACCCAUGCAGAUGUGAAGAAUGGACUGACCUCUGCUGUGUCCACCGGUAGUGAUGAUGGAGAUGGUUGCUACGUUAAUGUCGUCCAGAGGCCACCCUCUAUGGAGAUGUCCACCAUGGCUACAACUGUCAGGGCAAACAAGGCCGAAAGACCACGCAGCAACACCUCUGAAGCCAAGCUGGAGGCCAAGAAGCGAGUCAUCCGCAUGCUGGUGGUCAUUGUUGUCCUUUUCUUUAUCUGCUGGAUGCCGCUGUACUGUGUCAACACCUGGAAAGCGUUCGAUGAAGUCUCGGCCACACAUGCCCUCACAGGCGCUCCCAUCGCUUUCAUCCAUUUGUUGGGUUACACUUCUGCCUGCGUCAACCCCAUUAUUUACUGCUUCAUGAACACACGUUUCCGAAAAGCUCUGCUAGCCACGUUCUCGUGCUGCGCUGCACCUUGCCAUCGCCGCCGCCGCCAUGAGCUACGGGACAAUGAGGAGGACGUUAUGGCAACCGGGGCAUCCAUGUCAAAGUUUAGUUACACUACAGUCAGCAACAUGGGAACCUGCUGAGGCAGAUCGAUGAAGCCACAAUCCAGAGGAGACAGUUACUACGGCAACACAGCACCCUGCUUCCUGUGGGUUUAGGAGAAUUCUGCGCUGAAGACAUAACAUGGAAAAAACAGGCCAUAUAGAUAUCAUUAUAGAAGCAUCACUCAUGAAUGAGAGUAAAGUUAUAUAUGUAUAUAAGUUACACAAAGAUGAUUUAAUUAAACCCAGUCCAACCUACAUAGCUAUGUUUAAAAAAGCACAAAAAAAUGGAGUACAGUUAUGUCUUGUUGGACUGGACCAAGGCAAAUGAUUUGCUUAGAUGUUUACGGUGGGACGUGUGAGAGUGUAGGUGUGUAUGUGUGUGUGGUGGGCUGUAUGAUAUGCUCUGGUGGCAGCUUGACAACUUGUAAUGUGUGAAGCUAUAAAAAUAGGAAGGCAUGGUGCUAUGUCAAUUUGAUAUAGUGUUUAUGUAUACUUUGCUGUUAGUUGUUUAUGCGAGUUUAUGAUAGUAAUGCAAUUGCCUUGUUGACUAAGUGCCUGGUUCUAAAUACUAUGUUAAAUCUGUCUACAGUUGAUGAGUCUCACUCAUCACUGGCACCAUAACAGGCGGAUUAAAACUUCGAUGGUUGUGGAAGUUGAGUUUAAAGACUCAAAGUGAAAAUCCUCAUAGGAAGUCUUCUCUCCUAAUGGGACCUGAUAUAUCAGUGUGUUGUCAGCUAAUGGUUCCACAGGUGAAGAAAAUACUUGUAUAGGUGGUAUAAAGAUCUAAUAUAGGCGGUGGUGAUGCCUUGCGUAGUGGUUGUAAUCUGUAUGCUAGCCAACUUAUUUGUAGUGCCGGUUUUGUGUGCUCCAAUGUUAGUUAGUAAUGUAUGUCAUUGCAGUUUUACAUGGUAGCAAAUAUGAGAAAGUUGACUUGACUCUUGUUGACUUGAACUGUGUUUAUUUUUCAUGUGAGGGAAUUUAGUUUGAGGGUAGUACAUAAUACCUACUGUAUCACUUUGUGGAGAACGUUGAAAUAUUGGUCAGAGUACAAGAGAAUAUACUGGAUAAUGGUAUUGAAAAAAAUAUUUAAAACAAAUGAAAACUUUGAUGAAGUCACCAGGAGCAGGCUCUGCGUUUUAGAAACAGUAAAUGGUAUUAAUAGGAUUGUAUAAGUUACUAUAUUCAUGCUGUAUGACAGUAUGAAAGGGGUUUUUUAUAUUAACAAUGUUCACUGCAGCCUUACAGUAAUUGAGGGUAAAGCCAGAUAAGUUCAUUGAGAAUCCAGAAACGUGCAGUCCCUGUGAACAGCAGGCGCAGUCGACAAAAUGGCAGCCAGGUUUCAGAGGUCUCUGUUCGUCGUGCCCUGUGUGGCGUGUCUGACUCUGUCUCCCCUGCUCACCUCACAGUAAUUGUGUUACAACCCGAACCCUGCCAGGCUGAGUGCACCAAAGCACAAUGCUGUCAGCCUCUCAACUACUAAUAGAUGAAUGGCUUGCCUUACUGAGCAUUUUUUUUUGUAUAUUCUAGAUUGACCUUCAGCUUUUGUGGUUUAUUGUGUGCACAUUUCCCUUUGUGUUUAACAUAUACAUCAUAGUGAAGUAUUUUUAGUAGACUCAACUACAUAGAGACAUACUCUAAUCAGCCAAAACCUCAAUCUGUAUAAUGUAAAACACAGCAGAAUAAAGCUAAUUGACAAACUUAGAUAGAGACAAUAACAUAUUAGCCUUCUGUGCUAAUCAUUUAAUAUCUGCAGUUCCUUCUCCUCUUGCUUUAUACUGAGACAACUUUACCAUCACAUGUCUCCAGAGUGUCAAGCUUAUGUCAAGUGAUGAGUGACAGCCAGAACAUAAUAUAUACCUUCCCUUUGUCUCACUGUGCAGACCCAGGCCCGAUCAUCUUUAAACACAAGAGGCACUCAUUCAUUAGCUGAUCUCAUUGUCUCUGGGCUUGAUGGGCCUGUGUUGAAAAGCCUUUGUAUGAAGGGCUUAUGAAUCAAACUGUAAAUAUGAACCGACAGUGAAAACAAGUGAGAUCUUUUGUGCUCUGUAAUUUCUAUGUUCUGUUCACAAAGUCCUCCUGUGAAAUCAGAACAUUUUAAUUUGUCACAGUGAUUGAAGUUCCCUUGCAGUAAAAAGGCAGACAGGAAGUUAUUGUGUGUCUGCUACAGUAGUUGCUUUUCUAGGAAACACCGGCAUUUGUUGUUGUUUAUCAGUGACAGUUGGAAAGUAUUUUUUAUUUUUGCAGAGUGCCAGAAGAAGCUGAUUUCCCUGCAGUGUCAUAGAGGCUGUUAGACGUUAUGACUUGCUCCGCAAUCCUCACCACAUCAUCCAGUUGCCACAAACACACACACCUACAAAGAGUACUCCAGCUUGAACUGGUUAUUAUGCACUAGCUCCCGACCAAUUACAGCAUGUGCCAAUAAUUAUUAUUCCUACGGGCGCCAUGGUUUAAAAACUGCAAAAGCUAAAACAUUUUCUCUUGACAAAACACAGAGAAUACCUGCCGAUCACUGGAGCUUCCCUCACAAAGAGGUUUUGCAUAUUUUGGAUCAUAUUUGUUUGCCUUUACAGCCCAUAAUCCUGCACUUAUCAACAAAGAACAGCUGGUAGCUGUUUUCCUAAAAUAACAAUACUUUUUUUUUAAAACGGCUAUUCCUUAGCUGCUCAGCCCCAAACAGCAAACAGACAAAGUUAGUGUUUAUUUGGUGAACAUAGAGGAGAAUAUAGGCGCUUAAGAUAUUUGCAGAUAUUUCCCUCAGGAGUUGAUGGAGACCAAAACCAAGCUAUGAGGAAAGCAAAUAUUGGACCAAAAGGUGACUACAAAAAGAACUCCCAAUGAAUGCUAAUGUUGCUCUGUUUCUGCUCGAUGUCUAUAAGCCAGCUGCUUGCUGACAUGUUACCCAUAUCAACUUUUUAAGAUGAUACUAUAUCAAUGUUUUGCUCAAAACAAUGAUUACUGAAGAUUUAAAGUUACGUUUGAAAUACUACAGACAUGUGAGCUAUCGCAAAAGCUGGACAAAUUAAAAUGUGGUUUUGUUGGCCGACUAUUAUCAGGAAUCCUUCUCACGUUCGCACGAGUAAUCAAUCAUGUUCAGACAAGGUAGCCUUUAUAAACUGACAAGCACUCGCUCUUGUUUGUGAUUAUUAUGCACCUGCUGCAGUUUAAACUACCCUUUCCUCUUCACAAAGACUACAUAAAGCUGUUAUUGGUUAUGUUGAUUGAUAUUUGUCCCUUUACCACCCUGCUCUCUUCUCUGUUAGCUUCCUAUCAACGGGCUUGAGGUUGGCAUUUCUUAAAUGUAGCUUUAUGUGUUCCCAUUUCCCAGUGUCUGUUAGGCUGUCAGGCGCUUUAUUGGAUUCUCUGAAGCUCUCACCACUGUUUGGAUUUCAGAGUACCUUUAUGAGCAAAGCUGCGCCUCCAAAUAAAAGUGUAACCAUUUGUUACAAUAAAUAUUCCUUUGUUCUUUGACACAAGUGUCACUGACGAAUGGAGUGGCUGCACUCUGGAGGAGAGCUGCUCAUGGAUGAUAAGGGCGUCCACAGGUGUUGCAGAGAGAGCCUCAUGGGACAGAAGUGUUGGAAGGGUCAUAAUUGAUUAAUGUGAGCAAAGCUGAUAUUUGAGGAGCACAAUUGCUUAAAUUGGCUGCACAGGCAGGUGUAUUCAGGACACAUCCACUCAGCAGUGGUAAAAUGAGGAAUGAUGAAGUUUGGUCAGAAUUGCAAAUAUCCCUCUGAACUGAAUUGUUUGUUGGUAUUGCGAUCGUUGGUAUUAGAUACAGCGUGUUUCCAUUUAACUGAAGGUUUUUGUUAAUGAAGUUACUUUUGAAGAAGCAGAUCUCUUCUCAGAGAAACUGGGAUUACAACACACAGAGGCAAUGUGACUUAAUUUUCUGCUCAGGGCUCCAUUACCCCUCUAUAUGUUUACAUAGCAGAGUUUUUUGCUGCUUUAUUUAUUUUCUGAAUGUUAUAAAUUGGACCUUUAAAGUUGUGUCCAGUGCAACCAGUAGACCAGAGGUACUGUAGGAUUGAUCCUAAAAAAAAGUGUGCUUAUGGUAUUUUGUUUUAUAACAUCAUACAGUAAUACUAUUAAUAAUUAUUAUCAACUAAAAAAGAAAGCACUAAAAGUAGAAGGCCAUUUUUCAAGAUGGCCACAAUAUUAGCUUAUAGAGCAGGACGUAGCUUUGUUAAUAUUGUACUUUUGUGGUGCAUCAUUUACAAACACAUUUCCAAUUAUUCGAAUUACCAUAGCCACACAGUACAUUUGGGGCCCAAAAAGUGUCUGGAGACCCAGGAUAGUUUCCAGCUUUGCACGGAAGGUAAGCCAGCCGUGCUCUAUGGAAAUUAAUUUUACACAUUUAUUUGUGAAAUAAGAAGCUCAGUUCUGGAAAAACAAAUGUUUAAUUUUCCAAUGUGUGCACCAUAACACAAUGCUGCCUUUUUAUAAGCCUGUCAAAAAGGUCUUUGUUGAUAUCGAGUCCAUGAGAUGGGGAGAAUUGACAGCUCUCAUUCACAUGUGCAGCAAGUUGCUCCGUGAGUUAUGUUUUUUAAUAAAGUCUUCAGGGUUGUAUCUUAAGAAAUAUGUCUCAUUCAUUUCAGCCAUCAUGUCAAUAAGAGUGAGAGCAGGAAUAAUAUCGUGGAACAUAAUGCUGAAGAUUUUAGAUAGUGUCGUCUGGGUAUUGUUUCAUUAGUGAGGAUGUUUACCGUCUCUGGGGCGGAUUUAGGAUUAGUGCAGCCUUCAUCCUGUGAAUGUCAGCGACAAUAUGUGGAGACACAAGUCUUGUUCAGCAACAUGCAAAUAUAUAUUGUACCUGCUCAGCUGUAUCCUUAUUGAUAUACACAGUACAGUAUAGUAUCUUAAUAGUACAUAAAUAAGGUGUUACAAUAUGAAACUAAUUACUCUCUUGUAUAUUUGUGUGUUUUGCGAAGAGAAGACCUAAUCUUGUGUUUCAGUGAUCUGUCAUGUUCCCAAAGCAGAUUGAUUAGGCCACAGGCUAACUUGGGAUGAACAUGGAUGAAGGGUUAGAGAAGCAUACAAGGGUGAAUUUUAGAUCUGCUUCAACGGCCACAGUUGCCAGGUCACCAUUGCCUUAAGUGUGUUUUGAGUCUACUGUAUGUGUAUGUCUGUGUGUGUAUGUGUGUAUGUCCUUCAUGCAUUUACUGUGCGCAUACAUGAGUCACUGUUGUUUGAGGGGAAACGAGAGCUGGAGAUGAAUGCAUUUGGCAGCCUUGUUUCCCCUUCCAUGGAAAAGACAUGAGCUCAGAGGGACAAUUGUCCUUCCUGAAACAGUGACAACUUUGAGAAAACAAUCUGUGGAAAAAAAGUAGAUUUGGUUCUCUUGGCUACUGUCUGUUAUCUUGACAUGUGUUUUUGUGCUGCUAUGACGCUAAAAAGGCCUUUAAUGUUGACUUGUUCUUUGGAAUGUGUAGUUUUCCAUUCUGGUUUAUGCUCUGGAUGGAGGAGGUUCAACAGGUCUGCCUCCCUUAUGACAGUGCAGAUUCAUUGCUAUUAUGACAUUAUUAGUUUUUUCUGACAUAACAAACAGAAGGGAUUUGCUAUCUCUCGGUGUGAGGAUCAUCUGGAUAGCAUUUGUAUAUUCUAAGUACGGAAAAAGUGUGUGUGUGUGCGUUCGUCAACGUAGGAGCCAGCAUUAUAAAGUGGAGGCAAAUGUUUUGCCAUUUGUUACAAGUGAUCUUAGAUAUUUAAUGCUGGCUGCUGUAUAUCCCAAAAAAAAUCAAACCGGUGAUCCUCAUGCCGGGCUGAUGCACAUUUAAUCUUUUUCUGGUCUGUCUCUGUGUCUUUGUCUCUCUCAGGCACAGACACACAGUUAUACAUACAUAUUUACAACUGGGUGACUAUCCAUCUGGUAGGACUUUGCUUUUUUCUCUGUCCUGUUGUGUAAUUCUA